AUGGCCAGUCGUACCGUUUCCCCUCAUUCUAGUGCAACUCCACCUUACGCACCCUUCCUCUCCCACAUGCCACCUCCCGCAGACUCUUGGAUAGAGGUAGAGACGACGCCCUUAGAGUAUAGACUAAACAUACGGCUGCCUGGAUUCAAAAGAGACGGAAUAACACUAUCUACCAAACGACGUCGAAUUCUACACAUCGUUGCUGAUUCUUGGCCGGAUCCCGAUCCUUCACCGCGAAGCAGCAAUCCCAAUCCUGGCGAAUCUUCGACAUCACAUAGUGGCGGCCACUUUGAGCGUCGAAUCAGCUUUGGUUAUGACGCAGAUCUCGUCGGUGUCCGGGCAGAGUUCGAUGGUGAGAUAUUGAAGAUAGUCGUACCGAGGAGACAGGGUUUGAGUGGAGCGAUGGCCCCAUUCCUCUAA